GACCUCCAAAUGAUCGAUAGCGUAACACAGUCUAGUGCCCAUGUUGGUAUUAUAUGUGUCAUGAGCAACGCUCGUUACGUAGUGGUGUUGAAGGAAAAACGCGCGUGACCGCAAAAAAAUGUCAGUAGGUGAUUGUUACUCGCGUUGGUUAGAUCGUGGUACAUGUGAGGGUUACAUGACACAUUGCUGACUAAAUAUGGCUGAUGAAAGGAAGACGUCGCCAUCAGAAGACAGGCGGAAGAGAGCGCGGCAGAAUGGAGUCGUUCAACCGUUGCUCACAGACCUCUACCAGAUUACAAUGGCCUAUGCCUAUUGGAAGUCAGAAAAAAUCAACGACACAGCAGUAUUUGACUUAUACUUCCGAAAGAAUCCGUUUCAAGGAGAAUUUACCAUCUUUGCUGGCCUGGAGGAGUGCCUCAAAUUUCUUGAGAACUUUCAUUAUUCUGAUAGUGAUAUUGAGUACCUGAAGCAGACACUGCCCCAGACAAUUGAACCAGAGUUCUUUGUGUUCCUACGACAACUGACAGCGGAUAGUGUGAUAUUAUCUGCCAUUGAUGAAGGUUCUGUGGCAUUCCCAAGGAUCCCAUUGCUGCGUUUGGAAGGUCCAUUGAUAAAUGUCCAGCUUUUAGAGACAACUCUGCUCACACUUGUCAACUAUGCCAGUUUGAUGGCAACAAAUGCUGCCAGAUACCGAAUAGCUGCUGGAAAGCAUAUUUCACUGUUAGAAUUUGGUUUGAGGCGUGCACAGGGACCAGAUGGAGGCUUGUCAGCUUCUAAGUAUGCAUAUGUUGGUGGAUUUGAUGGAACAAGCAAUGUCUUGGCUGGGAAACUGUACAACAUCCCAGUGAAUGGGACACAUGCACACGCCUAUGUCACGUCUUUCUCUGACCUCAGAGAACUCAAGACCAAGGUGAUAGUGGUUCUCGCACAUCGUACCAGUGGUGUCCCUCAUGAUAUGCUGGACCUGUGUACCCACUGGCGUGAGGAGGUUGCAUCACUGUUGUCGCUGCCAGCCUCGGAAGCAUCAGACGGAGAGUUGGCAGCAUGGAUCUCAUUCGCCAUUGCGUUCCCUUCAGGCUUCAUGGCUCUAGUCGACACGUACGAUGUUAGGAGGUAUCCUAGGGCGGCGCCUGGCUUGAUUGCAUGCUGUUUGUCACUGCUAUGGGAACAUGUCACUCUGAGCACACUUUGCGGGAGUGGGCUUCUCAACUUCUGUGCUGUAGCCAUGGCCCUUAAUGACCUUGACUACAGGGCCCUUGGAAUUCGCAUUGACAGUGGUGAUCUUGCAUAUUUGUCUAAACUGGCACGAUCAACUUUUGAGAAAGUAGCACAUCAGUACAACAUACCUUGGUUUGCUAAGCUGAAAAUUGUGGCCUCAAAUGACAUCAAUGAAGACACCAUCCUAAGUCUCAAUGAACAGGGACACAAGAUUGACUGUUUUGGAAUCGGCACACAUCUUGUAACCUGCGAGAGGCAGCCAGCACUAGGUGGUGUGUACAAAAUGGUAGAGAUUAAUGGCUUACCUCGAAUCAAAUUGAGUCAAGAUGUGAUGAAAGUUACAAUGCCUGGAAAGAAGACUGCUUACCGUUUAUAUGGUGCUGAUGGACAUGCUCUGAUUGAUCUGUUGAUGCGAUCAGUAGAGCCAGCGCCACAGGUUGGACAGAGGGUCCUGUGCCGGCAUCCAUUCCAAGAAUCAAAACGAGCAUAUGUCAUUCCAACACGAGUAGAGCCACUUUAUAAGGUAUACUGGCAGAAUGGGAAGAUUACUUGUUGUCUGCCUGGUUUGCAAAAAAUUCGUGAGAAAGUUCAAACAUCAUUGGACAGUCUGCGCAAUGACCACAAGCGUAACCUAAAUCCAACACCAUAUAAGGUGUCGGUGAGUGACAAUCUCUACAACUUCAUCCAUGAGCUGUGGCUCCAGAAUGCACCCAUUGGGGAGCUGUCAUGAGGCAAGCUUUGUGCCACGACAAGACAUCACUUGGGGUGAAGCCAAGUUACAGGACUCACUGCGUGUUAAAGCAACUUAUGUGUGAAGAAAAGUCUCAAAAUCCAAAAUAACUUGGCCUAUAGAUUGAUGCUUCAGUGUUUCCAAGAUCACGUUACACCCAUUUGUUAUUUUAUAAACACUGUAUUUCUUUUAUUUAUGCGAAAGAAGGGAGUCAUAUGCAUGCGAAAGUUUCUUACUUAAUUUUAUAGACAAAUACUAUAAGUAAAUCACCAGUAAUGUAAUACAGAUUCUCUUAGGCUUUGUUACUGUUAUACAUAGUUGUGUUUUGCAUGGUUUUUUCACAGUGCCAGCAUUUUUGGUGGAGUGCAUGGAUGUGUUGAAUGAAGCAGUGCAUAAUUUUUGGCUCAAGAGCUGUCUACAUAAUUCACUUCGAGGAGUUGCUUCAGUUGAUGCUGUGUUUCACUAGUUAUUUUAAAGACUGCAUUGUGAAAAUGGUAUAUAUUAGAAGUCAAAUUGAGGCAGAUGCAGUGUGAACCAUGGUACCAAGUUUUGAUUCAUUUAGAUCAUAAAUCUGCUGUGAAAACAUACCACACUGUAUCUUAAAUAGCUGGGAAUAUUCUGCCUUAUAUUUGUAUGUGAUAGUUGUGAAGCCAUAUCAUACACAGUAAAACCUGUCUAAAAUAGAACCUGAUUUAAAUGUCUUACAUGUAAUUUCUGCAGUCCUAAGAAUAUACAAUGAAAACCAACAUCAAAUUGCCUUUAAGAAAUUGAAACAGCAAUGAAAUCCAAGAAUUUAACAGCAAAUGAUCUGCUUGAAUAUUUAUUGUUUUCAGUUUGUUUGAUAUUGUUUUCUGUGAUUCGUAUGUGAAGAAACAACAAAUAGUAUUGAACACUAUUAAGACUGACCUCUGAUAAAAUACAUGCCAGCUACAUUAACAGUAAUACUGGAAAUGUUUUAAAGGAAGGCCGGAUAACUGGAAACAAGUGUAAAUGUGCACUACUGAGUAAUAUUACAGUGUACAGAUGUAAAAAAAAGCUUAUGCUGCUGUUUGCAUCAUAGUCACAUGGGUUGUAUACUGUACAGUAAGUGUCUUUAAGUAGAAACCUGUCUGAAGUGGAAAAGAACUUGUAUGUCCCUUGGGAUUCUGUUAUAUGCAGGUUUUACUGUAUUUGCAAAUGAAAUGAGAAAAAAGUAUGUUGCUCCUACCUCUUGAUUAAAUAUGCCGACAAUGAACUUAUGUAUUUACACAUCAAAAGCACAAAUAGUAACAGUAGUUUUAAUGGGUAUAUAUACAGGGUUUUGUCACAGAAACCUGGGAUUGAUUUUAAUAAGGAAAUGAAACACAGUAUGAUAUUAAGUGACAGUUCACACUUGUUGACACAAGCUGUCAUUUGCCUGUUUUAUCAGAAGUGUAGAUUUCUGCACACAUGUUUACUGAAUCAUUAUUUUGUGAGAUUGCUGAUGUCAAGGAAGGCAUGUGCGCUUAAAAUUGAGUGUAGAACUUUGAUGGAAGUUUUCAAUAUUUGAAAAAUGUCUGAUUGAAAAUUUACUUGUGUUAAUGGGUAAAAUUUCAUGGAAGAAGAUGCAUGUCUAGUUUGACUCUUAUCUUCACAAACAGAGGGACUCAAUUCCUUGCAUGUGUGAUAUCAUCUAAAGCUCAGAAUUGCAGCAGACAUUGGGGUCUUGUGUCAACAUCCUAGGUGAUGUUUGAAUAGCAGUAGUGUUAGUUCAGUGUACCAUGGGCCAUGCUAGUAUGCCAACUUAUGUCUCAUUGAAAGAUUAUGUCUUCAAUCACAACAUUCCACCUGUUUACCAUGCACUGUUUGGCAGCAACAGAUCGUUUCUGUACUUCAAACUGAAAGGCAUCUCAGAAGUAAAGAGGCUUAAGGCUUUGCUAGAGAUCACAGAGUUUCACUCUGGAAGUGAGUGUGUACAGUUAGGAGGAAAUUACUUUGAUGUUUGAAAUCUGUUUGAUCAGAGCUCAUGGAUGUUCCUUUGAACCUUGAUAUUGACAUAUUGAAUCUUAUUGGUUUAAAAGAAACUAUGAGGAGGAAAGAAACAUCUUUUGAAAUUUAGGGGUUAAACUUUGUGCACUUUUAAUAUAUAGGUAGACUUUCAGUAAUGAAAUAAACAGCAAAUUUUAUACAAGUCAGUGGAUAUGAGCACUUGGAACUAUUCCUAAAUUCAUACUUCACUUCAUGGAAGUGAUGAAGUAUUCUAGAGCACAUCGUGAUUCAUGACUGAUAUGUGGACUUUCUACAAAUAACAUCACUAUCAAACAACGUAUAUCAUUGCAAGGUAUAGUCUUAAAGCUUCUAUUUUUGUAGUUGAUAUAAUUAAUUUGUAUACAAUACUUUCUUUUUAACUUGACUGUUUUAACUCUUUAAAGUCCAGUGGUGCCAUCUAAUUUAACAAUCUGCAGCUCUGCAUUUUGCUUGCAGAAUGUAUUUAUUGGUUUCAUAUGUUUCCCAAAGUAAACUGAUUAUUUUGCUAAACAACAUUAAGCAGUUGAUUGUGGUAAUGUGAUCAUAAUUUCACAAAAUUUGGCAUCAGUAAUGGCAGCAUAUUUUCUCUUUCAUAUUCAGUAUAAUUCUGUCAGUGUUUUUUUGACGUAAAUACGUCUAUAAGGAAGGGUCAUUCGGCAAAAAAGUGUAACAAUGGUUUAUCAACAAAUAAACAACAAUGGUUACCUAUGAAA